AUGAAUCGAACGAUUUACUCCCUUGGCAAUGCUUCUCCGUAUGCUAUUGGUAUUGGUGACUUCAACAAUGACAAUCGAAUGGAUAUCGUAGUCACCAAUAAUGGUUCUCAAAAUAUAGCUCUGCUUGUGGGAUAUGGCAACGGUUCCUUUGAGAAUCCAACAAUGUACUCAACUGGAUCUUCUUCAUCAAUCUUCAUUACCAUAGGUGACUUGAACAAAGACACUCGUUCAGAUAUUGUCUUCAUCAACAAUGAUACGAACACCAUAGGUGUUAUGCUUGGCUACGACGAAUUUUUUUCAACUCAAAAGGCCUAUUUAACUGGGAUUGUGCCACACUCUGUAGCAGUUGGUGACUUUGAUCACGAUAGCCAUCUGGAUAUUGUCGCAGCCAAUAGAGAUGACGACACUGUAAGUAUUCUUCUCGGACAUGGCAACGGCUCAUUUGCAAAUCAAACACAAUAUCCAGCUGGUUUUGGCCCAGUGUCUGUAGCUGUUGGUGACUUUAAUAACGAUACUUAUCUAGACAUCGUCGUCGCUAAUGCAUAUGACAGCACUGUAAGCAUCCUUCUUGGAUAUGGUAAUAGCUCUUUU